UUAGGGCGGAAGCUUUUCAGUAACCAGUUUUAACCUGUUGAUUCAGGUGUGGCAAAUGCUAGAGCUUUAGCAGCGCUCUUCGACGACUACACAAAGAAUUGUGUGUCAAAUUAAUGGAUUUUCAUCUGAAAUGAAAUUCAUCAUCUUCUUCAUCUACAUACCUUUGAUUCGUUCAGCGUCUCACACGCUCAUCACUACAUACACUGGAGUAAAGGGACAGACGGUUGAAAGAACUCCAGAGUUUUCUGCUGUAACUACACUGGAUGGACAGCAGAUUGAUUAUUAUGACAGUGAGAUAAAGAAGCUGAUUCCCAAACAGGACUGGGUGACAGAGUUUGCAUCUACAGAAACAUGGAAAGAACACACCAAGAUCAGAGAACGAGUGCAGCAGACCAACGAAAUCAACAUUAAUUUUAUAAUGAAGCAAUUAAAUCAUUUAAAUGGUGUUCACACGUAUCAGAGGAUGUAUGGAUGUAGUUGGAAUUAUGUGACUGGACACAUAUAUGGGUUUGAUGAGUACAGUUAUGAUGGACAGGAUUUCAUCACACUGGACCUGAAGGAGAACAGAUACACUGCAUCUGUACCACAGGCAGAAGCCACAGUGAUGAAGUGGAACGAGGACAGAGAACAACUUGCCUAUCUAAAACUAUACUACAGAGAUAAGUGCACUGACUGGAUAUAUUUCAUGACGUCAAGGAAGGAUGAUUUUGAGAGAAGAGGACCAACAAACACAUACUUCACAAUACUUAAGGAUGCGAUAUACGCACUGACUGUCAUCCUCGUAGUUCUCCUAGUCCUGUAUGUUGGUUCUGCGUUUCUUAUUCGGAAAAUGAGAAGUGGGUAUCAGCUAGUUUCAAGCGUUAUUUACAUCAACAAAGGUGUUUGAAGAGUUUCCUCCAGUCAUCUGCACUCUCUCCAGAUUUCAUUCCAGUCAGGAAUCUUCAGGAUCUGAUAAUUCUCAGCAUGCAUGUGUGAUGAAACAUGUCUAAUAGUUGAAUACUAUUAUACACAGCUAACUGGAAACAUUCUAGUAACAUUUUCUAAAGUCUCUUUCAAAGUUAUCAAAUACGUUCUUUCUGCCAUCGAUAAACGUUCUAAAAACAUUAGCAUAAAAUGUUAUCUUUGCAUUGUUAGUGAAACAUUUUAAAAACUUUUAUAAAAAAAAUUGUCUUGACAAAAUAAGUCAUAAUUUGCAUAGAAACAAUUUGUUUAUCCAGUGACAUAAAGAAUGAAUGAACCGGACUUAGAGAGAAAAAUAUAAUAUAACUAAUUGUUCUUAAAGAUGUUUUAGCAAACAAAUGUGCAAUGUACGUAAAAUGUGUAAAUAAACUUUUUUUAGGGCCUCUGUUUUCAGAACAUUACAACCAUUCAAUGUACAGAUAUCUUGUUUUAAAUAAUAUUUCAAAUACUUAACACAUUUAUAUCAUUGAGUUUCAUCAAUGAAUUUAAUGAAAUGCAAUUCAGAUCUUUAAAUUUUUGUAUUUGUGCUUAAUUG